GUCUUGCAACGGUGUCGCUAGCAUUCUUCGCACUCCCUCGCUCGUUGUCUUUCUUCUUUCUCAAGUAGGCAAAUUGCUUUGUUUUUAUUCAGGCUCGAAAUUUAGCCGAAACGAAGUUGAAGCUUUCGUAUGUAAUGGCAAGCAGAAAGCUAUUACGUGACUUAUUCUUGUCCAAGCGAUCUCAUUUUGUUCAAUUAACAUUUCAGCAGGCUUCAAGCAGGAGGCUGCGUUUGCUUUCACGGUGUUCGAGUUUUCGUAGAUACAGUGUCUUUAAUGAGUUCUCAAAGAAGCUGAAGGGCGAAGCUGAAAGAAAUCCAGAAUUUCGGCAGUCGGUGAAGGAGCUCAAGGAGAAAGCAGAGGAGCUAAAAGAGGUAAAAGAAGACCUUAAAGCUAGAACAAAGCAGGUAACUCAGCAGCUGUACAAACAAGUGGAUGGAGUUUGGACAGAAGCAGAAGCUGCUGCAAAGAAGGUUUCUAACAAUGUGAAAGAGAAGAUUUCAUCUGCAACUGAGGAGGUGAAAGAAAGUUCGGGCACUGGAAAGCAGAAUUCGGCAGGAUCAACUGGCUCUUCAGCUGAAUGUGAUGCUGAUGCAACAGAACGAAUUCAGUCUCCAUCUGAGGAAGAGAAACACCAGCAAUUUGGAUCCAGUAAUACUGCGGAAUCUUUGUUUGGAAAGUUUAAGUCAACUAUCUCUUCCCCAAAUGUUUCAUCAGCCUUCCAAAAGUUGAAGGAAGCAAAGUUGGUCAAUGUGGCGAAGAAAGGAUAUGAAAUAGUAAAAGAGGAGUUAAGUGAUAGUCCAAAUAGGAGAAGGCGUGUUCCUUCCACACCAAGCGGUGAGACAAGUACAAGAACUGAACUUGUUGUUGUGCCCUCAAAACAAUCUUGGUGGGGUAAGAAAUUGGAUGAGUUCAAGGAGAAGGUGAAAGGCCUUCCUAUAUCCAAGCAAUUCAUCAAAUAUAGCGAUCCUGUUAAGACAAAAGGCCAGGAGAUCGUAGAAGACUUGCGAGAAAGAUAUGAGACAAGUGACAGCCCAAUUAUCCAUAAAAUACAAGACAUGAAUGAUAGCAUGUUCCAGGAGACAGAUGCUGCAAUAUCAUACAAGGAAAUACGUCAACGGGAUCCUGAUUUCUCGUUACCAGAAUUUGUGGGGGAAGUUCAGGAGGCUAUAAAACCAGUUCUUAAUGCUUACAUUAAGGGGGAUGUUGAAACUUUGAAGAAAUAUUGUAGCCCUGAGCUAAUAGAACGUUGUAAAGCAGAGCGCCAAGCUUACCAAAGUCAUGGUAUUUUCUUUGAUAACAAGAUUCUGCAUGUAUCAGAUGUGGAAGUGAGAGAGACCAAGAUGAUGGGGUCCUCUCCCUUGAUCAUUGUAAUGUUUCAAACACAACAAAUCUAUUGUGUACGUGAUAGGAAUGGGUCAAUUGCUGAAGGAGGCAAGGACACAAUCCACACCGUUUUCUAUGCUUGGGCCUUGCAACAAAUGGAGCCAGAGGAUCGCGGAGAAGAUGCUAUUUACCUCAUGUGGAGACUAAGAGAAAUGCAACAGCAGGGUGUCCAAGCCCUUAUAUAGUUAUUCAUAUCCUAACCCAUUGAGAAUCUUGUAUCAUUGAGCCUUUAUUUCCUGUUUACAUUCAUUUUUUAUUCAUAAAAAUUUUGUAGCGGCCAUUGAUAAGUCACGUCAUUUUUUUCAGGAAAAAAAAAAGAUGAUACAGAAUCAAAAGAAAUUUUGUACGAUGAGUUCAUUUUUGAAUGCUCAUUUAGAUGUGUGGCUGUUGGGAAAAUAUGAAUAGGCUUGUUCAUAAUGCUU